AUGUGUGGAAAAACGAAAAAUGGAACACCACAGAUAGAUUUUAACAUCUUGGGUUUCUCCAGCCUUGAAAACGUACAGCUGGUGUUUUGUGUUGGUGCUAUAUUAAUGUACUUCCUGACUGUGUUUGGAAACCUUGUUAUUAUCACACUAGUAUGUCUGGUAUCCCAGCUACAGAAACCAAUGUACUUUUUCCUAUGUAUCUUGUCAAUUCAGGAUAUUAUCUAUGUCUCUGCCAUCUUACCAAAGUUUAUGAGUAUAACAAUCACAGGUGACAAGACUAUUUCUUAUUUGGGAUGUAUGAUACAGGUAUUUUUGUUUUCAUUCUGUGUUAUUGCAGAGUUUUUUCUGCUGACCUCCAUGGCCUAUGACCGCUACGUUGCUAUUUGUAUACCUCUGCACUAUACUGUUAUCAUGAGCAAAAAGAUAUGUGCUGUACUGGCGUCAGCCUCCUUGAUAGUUGCCAUUUUAAAUUCUAUAUUGUUCUCAUCUGUAAUAUCUAAUUAUUCCUUUUGCAAAUCCCAAGACAUCAACCAUUUUUUCUGUGAUAUCAAAACUGUGAUGAAGCUUUCCUGUAGCGAUACCACAAACCUAAUGAAAAUAAUAGUUGGUGAAGGUAUCUUAUUUGGAUUUAUUCCAGUUGCACUGAUAAUUACGUCGUACGUGUAUAUUAUAUCUACAAUCUUGAAAAUCCGUACAUCUACAGGAAGACUUAAGACAUUUUCCAGCUGUUCCUCUCAUCUUACCGUUGUUAUAAUAUUCUGUGGAACUGCACUCAGCUUAUACUUGAAACCAGAGACUGAGAAUUCUCAGGAACAAGACAAAUUAAUCUCCCUGCUGUAUGUUGCUGUGGUUCCAAUGUUAAACCCUUUAGUGUACAGCUUAAGAAACAAGCAAGUUGCACAAGCCUUCAAAAAAGUAACAGGGAAAAUAUUUGUUUAA